AUGGGUAACGAACCCUGUUAAGGAAAUAGCAAGACAGAUUUUCUAAAUCAUCAUUCUAAGAUCCUUUCUGAACCUGGUUAAAUCCAGAAUAUGUAAAAAAAUCAAUGGAGAAUUGGUUUGCAACAUCCACAUCUUUUAUAAACUUUGGGAGGUUAACCUGAAGGAGAUUAAUUUAGAUAUUAUUUUGAGAUUUGUUCAAUAACCUUAUCCACUUUAUUAACAGAGAGAUAUGGAACCAAAAAAUACUUCCCAGAAGAAGAUUUAUAAGCAUUACUACUUGGGAUUGUUAGUGCUCUAAGUUUUCUUUAAGAGAAAGGACUAUCACAUGGAGGUAUAUAUAAAUAAUAAUUUUUAAGACAUUUGCACUUAAGAAAUAUUUUUUGAUUCAAAUAGUUCAAGCUUUAAAAUUCUAGACUCUAAUUUGAUUAAUGGAAGAGGGAAUUCAAUAGAUGAAUUUAUUAAUGGCAAAUUAAAGUAUUUGGCUCCUGAAAUCUUAGUGAAUCCUACUCAAAACAUCUCAGAAUACUAAUUACAUAAAAAUGACAUCUGGUGUUUGGGAAUGGUAAUUUUAGAAGCAGGUACAUUAAAAUCAAGUGAUUCCCUAUAUAAAAAUGGAUUAUAGUUAAAAUUUGUUUAAGAAAGAAUAAAUGAAAUUGGAACCAUUUAUGGAAGGUAAUUUGCAGAUAAUAUGAUGUUGAUGCUUAAUUUCAAUCCAAAUGAAAGAUUAGAUCCAGUUAAUUUAUUUAAUUAUCUUCUAGAAUAAUAGAGAAUUGUAAAUGAUUAAGAAUAAUAGUUAUAAUAAUAAUAUUAGUAACAAUUAUUGUAGUAACAAUUAAUUAAACAACAAUAACAAUAAUAAUUAAUUUAUUAAUAACAAUAAUUUAGAAAUGAUUAAAAGAUUUCCCAAUAUAGUCCAAGUUAGCAUUUUAGUCCAAUUUAAUAAUAUAGUCCAAUUUAAUAAUAUAGUCCAAUUUAAUAAUAUAGUCCAAUAUCUUAAUAAUAGUAACAGAACUUUUAAUAAAAUUAAUAUUAUUUUUAGUAAUAAUAAUAACAAUAUUAAUUUAAUUAAACUCAACAAUCUUCNGUUAAAAAUAUAAAUGGGUAACGAACCCUGUUAAGGAAAUAGCAAGACAGAUUUUCUAAAUCAUCAUUCUAAGAUCCUUUCUGAACCUGGUUAAAUCCAGAAUAUGUAAAAAAAUCAAUGGAGAAUUGGUUUGCAACAUCCACAUCUUUUAUAAACUUUGGGAGGUUAACCUGAAGGAGAUUAAUUUAGAUAUUAUUUUGAGAUUUGUUCAAUAACCUUAUCCACUUUAUUAACAGAGAGAUAUGGAACCAAAAAAUACUUCCCAGAAGAAGAUUUAUAAGCAUUACUACUUGGGAUUGUUAGUGCUCUAAGUUUUCUUUAAGAGAAAGGACUAUCACAUGGAGGUAUAUAUAAAUAAUAAUUUUUAAGACAUUUGCACUUAAGAAAUAUUUUUUGAUUCAAAUAGUUCAAGCUUUAAAAUUCUAGACUCUAAUUUGAUUAAUGGAAGAGGGAAUUCAAUAGAUGAAUUUAUUAAUGGCAAAUUAAAGUAUUUGGCUCCUGAAAUCUUAGUGAAUCCUACUCAAAACAUCUCAGAAUACUAAUUACAUAAAAAUGACAUCUGGUGUUUGGGAAUGGUAAUUUUAGAAGCAGGUACAUUAAAAUCAAGUGAUUCCCUAUAUAAAAAUGGAUUAUAGUUAAAAUUUGUUUAAGAAAGAAUAAAUGAAAUUGGAACCAUUUAUGGAAGGUAAUUUGCAGAUAAUAUGAUGUUGAUGCUUAAUUUCAAUCCAAAUGAAAGAUUAGAUCCAGUUAAUUUAUUUAAUUAUCUUCUAGAAUAAUAGAGAAUUGUAAAUGAUUAAGAAUAAUAGUUAUAAUAAUAAUAUUAGUAACAAUUAUUGUAGUAACAAUUAAUUAAACAACAAUAACAAUAAUAAUUAAUUUAUUAAUAACAAUAAUUUAGAAAUGAUUAAAAGAUUUCCCAAUAUAGUCCAAGUUAGCAUUUUAGUCCAAUUUAAUAAUAUAGUCCAAUUUAAUAAUAUAGUCCAAUUUAAUAAUAUAGUCCAAUAUCUUAAUAAUAGUAACAGAACUUUUAAUAAAAUUAAUAUUAUUUUUAGUAAUAAUAAUAACAAUAUUAAUUUAAUUAAACUCAACAAUCUUCACCAUAUAGAAAUUAAAUAUAAAUUUAACCAUAGAUUGUAAAUUAAUAAACUAGAAUUAAUUAUCAUUAAUAGAAGCCAUCUCAAGAUUUUAAGAUAGUUUAAUAUGAAAGUGGUAUUUCAAGAGAAACAACACCUAGUAGAAUAGUGAAAGUUUACAUUCAUCCAGAUGGAAAAAUAGAAAAUUAAGAAAAAUCACAUUCAGCAUCGCGAAUGGGUAUAAAUUAUAGAUAUAUAUAAUUUUAGUAAAAAAUUCACGUUAUUAAUAAAAAUAUACACCAUAAAAGAAUUCUAGUCCAAUUUAGUAAUAAUUUAAUUCAGGCUUUUAAUCGCAAUUAAUUUAAUAGAGAUAAAUUGUUUAUUGUAAUAAAGAAAAUUUGGCUCCAAAGAUAACAAAUGAGUAGAAUAUGAUGAAAUUGAAAUCAGAGAUUGAAAAAUCGAGAUUAUUAAUUUAAUAAUAUAAUUAAUAAAAACCUUCAAUUUAAGGUGAUAAAAUUGAAGAAAGAAAAAGAAAAGUUAUAGGUUAAUCUUAAGGAUUAAGAGAAAACUUUUAAUGA